AUCAUUCACACUCCUAAAGCAACCUCCCGCUCCCGUCCCGUUAGUACAUUCCAACCAUUUCAGGCCACAUUUGACUCAACGUCACAUUUGACGCAGUUCCGCUUGUUUUAACUUCUAUCGCCCGCACGGCCGUUUGCCUGAUCGUACAACCGUCCAUUCCUUGUACUUUCGUGCAUCCUGCGGAGAGUAGCAAUGGCCGAACCUGACGCGCCGCUGAGCCCCGUGCCUGUUAGGUUCGGCAUCCUAGGCACGGCGAAGAUCGCGCGGAAGGUGAUUCGCGCGAUGCUGCACGUCUCGGGGGUCGUUCCGUACGCCAUAGGGAGCAGAUCUUACGAGCGAGCCGCGCAGUUCGCUAAGGAGGUCGGCAUGGCCGACGACGCCGCGAUUUACGGGAGCUACGCUGACGUCAUCGCGGAUCCGCUGGUAGACGCCGUUUACAUCCCGCUGCCGACGGGCCUCCACGUGGAGUGGGUGGUGAAAGCCGCGAAUCACGGAAAGCACAUCCUGCUCGAGAAGCCCGUGUCGCUGAAUGUGGACGAUCUGAAGACGAUGAUCGCAGCCGUCGAAUCAGCAGGGGUUCAGAUAAUGGACGGUACGAUGUGGAUGCACAAUCCUCGGGCAGCCGAAAUGAAAGCAGUCCUGCAGGAUCGGGAAGUUUUCGGGCAGCUGAUGCGCGUGACGUCGAAUUUCUUCUUCCCGGGAUCGGAGGAAUUUAUGCAGAAAGACAUUCGACUGAAAAAGGGUCUAGACGGGUUGGGGUGCUUGGGAGAUAUUGGGUGGUACUGCGUGCGCGCGUCGCUCUGGGCUGCGGAUUUCGAGCUUCCCUAUAAAGUGAUCGGUCUCCCUGACGCGAAGGUCAACGAAGAGGGUGUGCUGAUCCGCUGCGGUGGUUACCUGUGCUGGCGAAAUGGGCUAACGGCUUUGUUUGAGUGCGGAUUCGAUGCUCCUGUUUCUCAACGCCUGGAGUUAGCGGGCUCCCGCUCUACAGUCACGCUCAACGACCACACCAUCCCCUUCCAGGAAGAUAAGUGCGAAUUUGUGAUUGAAACGGGGGCCAAGUGGGGGAAUUUGGGCCUGGGGGUGGAAUCGACGGUGGAGAGGAGGGAGAUCGUGCUGACGAGGACGCAGGAGGCGAUGAUGGUUGCUGAGCUUUCACGGAUCGUGAGGGGGGUGAGAGGGGGGGGAGGCAAGGCGGCAUUGGAUGAGAGAUGGGUUGACAUGAUGGAGAAGACGCAGCGCGUGGUGUGCGCAGUGCACGACUCCCUAGCGCAGGGGGGGACGCCCGUGCUGAUUGAAAAUCAAUCGUAAAUACGGAGAUGUAAACGGGUGGGGAAUGCAUGUGCUGAUUGAGAGUCAACAGUAAAUACCAACAAAGGGGUGCUCGCUGUGCAUGACUCCAUAGCGCGGGGGGGGUGCCGGUGCUGAUUGGGAGUGAACAGUAAUUACCAACAAAGGGGUGCUCGCUGUGAAUGACUCCAUAGUGCAGGGGGGGGGAUGCCUGUGCUGUGCUGCUUGAGAGUGAGGAGGAGCUGGUGGUUGGUAGUGAUUCCGGCGAACGGCUUCGGCCGGUAAGGAAUGGGCUUAGCAAGUGGUGACGGUGGAGAGUACGGAGUCGGGGUAAGGGGGAGCAGUGGAUAGAGCAGAAAGGUUGAUAUGAACAAGAUAUGGGAUGAUUUUGAGUGUAGCAAGACUCUCUGUAUAGUGAAUGUGUGGUG